UUCAGGUUCUGCCUUCUGGUCGUUAUCAGCUGGAUCUCUUCCAGGCACUUCUAUAUAGGAGGGUGGUCUGCACCUACAUACCCAGGGCCUAACUUCGACCAGGAAAUAGCAACCAAGAAGCUGCUGGGGAGCGGGGGGGGGGGCGGGGGGGGGAGAAGGAGCAAUGCAGUCCACAGGAGUCACCUUCUUAACCCCACAGGCUUUCAAACUAUAGAAAUCUGAGAAGCGUAGGGGGAAAGCCGAGCGGCAUCUCACGUAAGUGAAAGUUUACUCUUAGGGUGAACUCAGGAACCAGGGAGUACUCCAGUUCCAGGAUGGGGCGGGGUGGUCAAGGAACCCGCCUAUUUUCAACGCGGGAACCACCUCCGCUCCCGCCUUGUUCUCCGGCUGUGGUCCUGAGCUUUAGGUUGGGCCUCUCCAAGCCCCACCCCUCCCGGGUGCGGGGCCCCUUUAAGGGCGGGUGGGGGCGGGGCACCGGCCGUGUUGUCAGUGUCAGCUCUGCGCACGCACCUCUCCCAGAGCGGUGCCGGCCCGGAGCCCCCUGGUUUCUGCAGACGACUCCCUGCCGUGGUCCGGCUGGGCCCGCGCCGUGGGUUGAAGGAGUCCGGCGCGGGCCAGCGACUAACCCAAGUCGGACUGUUGGACCGAGGAGUGACCUGACCACGGAAAGAAGGAUCUCCGCGUCGCAACCCCCAGGACCACCUCUUACUGAUCUGUGGCAGCCACCAGUCCUGGGUACCUUAGACCCGGAGAGCUCCAGAGCCCACUCGCCCAGCCCCGGGGGAGCCCUCCCCUGCCGCACGGCCCGCCUGGGCCAUGCUCCCCCGGGGCAGCGGCUGAGCUCGAGCUAGGAUUGGGACUGGGACCGGAGCCCUCACGGAGCAUGGAUCCGGGCUGGGGCCAGCGGGAUUUGGGCUGGGCGGCUCUGCUGAUCCUUUUCGCUGCCUCACUGCUCACGGUGUUCGGCUGGCUGCUGCAGUACACCCGGGGCUUGUGUCUGUUGUGGGCCCCCGGGGCCCAGAGCCCGGAACUCGCCUUAGCUGCCGAACCUGUGAGCUCCCUGCGGAAGCUGGGCGUGUGGCGCUCGCUGCUAAGGCUGCGGGCCCUUCGGGCCUGCCUCCCGGAGGAGCCAGGCGUCCGGGGCCUCCUGGCGUCACUUUUCGCCUUCAAGUCUUUCCGGGAGAACUGGCAGCGGGCUUGGGUGCGAGCGCUCAACGAGCAGGCCUGCAGGGACGGGAGCUCCAUCCAAAUCGCCUUUGAGGAGGUGCCCCAACUCCCAUCCAGAGCCAACAUUAGUCAUGUGACCUGCGUAGACCAAUCAGAGCACACCAUGGUGCUGCAUUGCCAGCUCUCUGCUGAGGAGGUGAUGUUCCCAGUUUCUGUGACCCAACAGUCACCAGCUGCUGUCUCCAUGGAGACCUACCACAUCAUUUUGACACUGCUACCAACACAGUUGGAAGUCAAUCUGGAGGAAAUCUCUGGUGAGGGGCUGCUUAUAUCCUGGGCCUUCAGUGAUCGCCCAGAUCUCAACCUGAAAGUGUUUCCCAAGCUGCAGGCCACAGAGAGAGGUGAAGAACAAGUAGAGCUCUCCACUAUUGAGGAACUGGUUGAGGAUGCCAUAGUCAGCACCCAGCCAGCCAUGAUGGUCAACCUCAGGGCUUGCUCUGCCCCUGGAGGUCUGUUACAUAGUAAGAAGCCACCCAUGGUAUACCAGGCCCAGCCAGCCACCCCCAGACCUACCCAGUUAUACCUACGGCAGCUUCGAGCAUCACAGCUGGGAAACAAGCUGGAAGGCACAGGGGAGUUGUGCUGUGUAGCUGAGCUCGACAACCCCAUGCAACAGAAGUGGACCAAGCCCACAAGGGCUGGUCCCGAGGUGGAAUGGACUGAGGAACUGGCACUGGAUUUGGGUCCCCAGAGCCGGGAGCUGGCCCUCAAAGUGCUGAGGAGUAGCAGCUGUGGAGGCACUGAACUUCUAGGACAGGCCACACUGCCUGUGGGCUCCCCUUCCAGACCACUGUCUCGAAGACAGGUUUGCCCACUCACCCCUGGGCCAGGGAAAGCCCUGGGGACAGCAGCCACCAUGGCAGUAGAGCUUCAAUAUGAGGAGGGCUCACCCCAGAACCUGGGUGCUCCCACCCCCUCCACUCCACGCCCUAGCAUCACACCUACCAAGAAGAUUGAGCUGGACCGGACCAUCAUGCCCGAUGGCACCAUCGUCACCACAGUCACCACUGUCCAGUCCCGGCCUCGUGUAGAUGGCAAACUAGACUCCCCCUCCCGCUCCCCGUCCAAGGUGGAGGUGACUGAGAAGACUACUACUGUGCUGAGUGAGAGCAGUGGCCCUAGCAAUACCUCCCACAGCAGCAGCCCAGGGGAAAGUCAUCUUUCCAACGGUUUGGACCCUGUAGCAGAGACAGCAAUUCGCCAGCUGACUGAACCCAGUGGGCGAGCAGCCAAGAAGACACCUACUAAGCGUAGCACUCUCAUUAUCUCUGGUGUUUCCAAGGUGCCCAUUGCUCAGGAUGAGUUGGCACUGUCCCUGGGCUAUGCGGCAUCUCUGGAAGCCUCAAUGCAGGAUUAUUCAGGGAACAGCAGAGGUCCCUCUUCGCCUCACUCAGAUGACCCACCAGCCAUGUUUCCAGGACCCCUAGAUGUUCUCUCCAGUCCCACAAGUGUCCAGGAAGCAGAUGAGACAACACGUUCAGACAUUUCUGAGAGGCCUUCUGUGGAUGAUGUUGAAUCAGAAACAGGAUCUACUGGUGCCCUAGAGACCCGCAGCCUCAAGGAUCACAAAGUGAGUUUCCUGCGCAGUGGCACCAAGCUCAUCUUCCGACGGAGGCAUCGACAGAAGGAAGCUGGUCUGAGCCAAUCACAUGAUGACCUCUCCAACACGUCAACCACACCCAGUGUCCGAAAGAAGGCUGGCAGCUUUUCUCGCCGCCUUAUUAAGCGCUUUUCCUUCAAAUCCAAACCCAAGGCCAAUGGCAACCCCAGCCCCCAGCUAUGAGGGCACUUCUCAUCUCAGCUAGGAGAGGGCAGGAGUCCUCUGAGCCCAUUCCCCACAUCCCAUUCCAUUCCCCUUCCUGCAUUCCCAACAUCCUAGGCCAGGGAAACCCUCUGGGUUCCAGGAAGCCCUGUUUAUUCUGGGCUGUAUGGCCAGUUGGAAGGAUACUUGCAGUGGGAAACAUGUGAGAGAUGAGCACCUGUUGCUGAGGAUAUGGAGUGGGUGGCUAGGAAUCAGAGGAGGGCUCUGUCCUGGCAUGUGUGGGCAUUCCUCAGAACUGUUUGCCUGUUGUUGACACUGGCCCUUUAGAGAGUCCCAGGGCGAUUAAGUCCUCAGCUGAUCCUUCCUCCCUUAUUUAUUCUCUUUUCUAUUUAUAUGUGUGGUUCAGAGCCCUCUGUGAAGAGAUGAUAAGAGGGCAUCUCUCCCAGGUGACCCUUCUUUUUUGUCUCAAGAGGAUAGGCAAUUCCCUUUGGGAUGGGACUCCCACACCUUCCUUAGGUCCCUACUCUGACCAGCACUAGUGUCUCCCUCUGAGGAUGCUGGCAGCUCAUACAAAGUUGGGCCAGUGCCCAGGAUGGGGGGGGCAGGUACUCCCCACCUCUUUGCCUCCACUUCUGUUCCUCAUCCCUUCUUUCUCCUUUAUUAUCGUUUUUGUACUUGAUGCUUUCUCCAUGAGUAGUGGCUCUUUUGGAAGGAGGGAUUCAGGGGCCUGGUGGGAAUCCUUCCCUAGGCAGAUGGCUUUAGGGACUUUAUGUAAAGACUGUGUGAUGAUGGAGCAUGAGCAGGUUUGCACCUUGGUGUGUUGGGAGAUGAUGAUGUCCAUUGCUGUCUGAUGGCUUGGAAUUUAAUUUAUUAAAGUCAAAUUGGAGUUUAUAAACUGGACAACUGGUUAUCCUUUGAAAGACAAUGGGACAGCGAGGCUGUGGUGUUGAUGGAGUGGGAAGAUCAGACACAGGGCCCAUAUGGGGAAGGUGACACAAAUAUUGGGUCUGCUAAGAAGUUCCUGCAGGGAGGAAGCAACAUGUGGAAAGAGGAUGGGAGGAUGGAAAGAGUCUUUGAAGGAUGAAGUUGUAGCAAAAAAUUAAUCAGAAAAAAGUAAAUUGGCUAGUACAGGCAUUUUCAUUUUCAUUUCCCUUUCUUGAACAAGCUGUUCCUUCCAGGAUAUGAGAGUCCAGAGGAGCAUGGACUCUGGAUCUCAGCUGCCUGAUUUGACUCUGUUUCCACUAAUUACCUUUGUGAUCUUGGGCAAAUUGUGUAACCUCAGAGGGCCUCAGUUCUCUCAUCGAUAAAGUGGGUAAUGUGAUAAUAGUAGCUAUUAUUUGGUUGUAGAUGAGAAGGAACUAACUGUUACCUCAGAAGAGACAGAUUGGAAGGGGGAAGUUUUUUAAAAAUUUUUCAAUUACAGUUGACACUUAAUAUUAUCUUAGUUUCUGGUAUAUAGCAUAGUGGUUAGACAUUUAUAUAAUUUAUGUAGUUGUCCCCCAGAUAAGUCUAGUAGCCACCUGGCACCAUACAUAGUUCUUAUAAUAUUAUUGACUAUAUCCCCUAUGCUGUGCUUUAUACCCCAAUGACUAUUUUGAAACUACCGAUCAGUACUUCUUAAUUCCUCCACCUUUUUCAUCUUAUCCCCCCAAACCCCCCAUCUGGCAACCAUCAGUUUGUCUCUGUAUCUAUGAAUUUGUUUUGAUUUUGUUUGUUCACUUAUUUUAUUCCUUAGAUUUCACAUAUACCGUAUUUUUUCGGACCAUAAGACACACCUAGGUUUUAGAAGAGAAAAACAGGAAAAAAAAAAUUUAAAACAAAAAGUGUGGUAAAAUAUUUAAUAACAUAAAUAAAAUUUUACCAAUGUAAAUAUAAUGCUAUAUUCAGACUAUAAGAUGCACCCCCUUUCCUCCCAAAUUUUUGGGGAGGAGUGUGUCUUAUAAUCUGAAAAAUACAGUAAGUGAAAUCAUAUGGUAUUUGUCUUUCUCUGUCUGGCUUAUUUCACUUAGCCUAAUACCCUAUAGGUCCAUCAGUGCUGUCACAACUGGUAAGAUUUCAUGCUCUUUUAUGGCCAAGUAACAUUCAAUUGUCUAUAUGUACCACAUCUUUAUCCAAUCACCUAUCAAUGGACAUUUAGGUUGCUUCCGUAUCUUGGCUGUUGUAAAUAACGCUGCAAUGAGCAUAGAAUGCAUAUACCUUUUUGAAUUAGUGUUUUGGAUUUCUUCAGAUAAAUAUCCAGAAGUGGAAUUGCUGAGUCAUAGGGUAGUUCUAUUUUUAAUUUUUUGAGGAGCCUGGAUACUGUUUUCCAUAGUGGUAACCUCAGUUGGCAAUUAGGAGUAGGAAGUCUUAUAAGGGUUUUGUCAUAAUAAAAAUUCUUUCUAAAUGAGGGCUAGUUUCAGGGAGUUAUGGAUACUAGCAAACUCUAUGUCCCUGGUUCCUGUUCUUUGGGACCUUACACAGGACUCAAAACAGGCAAGCUGCUGCAGGAUAUCAGAGCACUAGACCAGGGACAAAAAACCUGAGUGUGCCACAGACACACCACAUGACCUUAAGCAGACCACUUUCUGGUCCUCAGCUUCCUUGGCUCUAAAAUGAUGGGUGGCCUAGAUAAUCAUUCAGGUCACUCUCAACCUUAUCUACAUCACAGGGGGUUCAUGGCAAAUGCUUUUGGGAGGCAGCAUGGAACUAUUAAUAUUCCCCAUAAUGCUGUUCAUACGGGUCACAGAAUAUGGGAUAUUUAGAAAGUGUGGCAGUGUGUGGAUAUUUUGUUAAUUUGAAUAUAGUGAUAUACUCAAUUCUAAGUCAUGAAAACUCAGAUAUAUCAAGCUAUUUCCCCUGAUGUAAGGAAUGCAACUCCCAGUGGUUCACAGAGGAACAAUUUGUUUACCCAUAUGACAGACAGCCAGACACACUGAACUUUAAAUUUCACAAGAAAGUUGUUGAUAGAAGGGCAGGUAUUCAGAUUCCCACUGGAUCUGUGGUUUGAGUGGGUGGUAACUGGAAAUUGUACUCAGCUUCCAGUGCUGAGUUACCCAGAGAUCAAUGGAACCCAUAUUUUGUAGUGAAGAAGAGACUGAUCACAAAAAUUGGAAUUUUAAAAAUAAAUGCAAAAGAUAUAGAAAACACAAUUUAACUAACUUAUUCAUUUUACACUUUUAGAACAGAUCCACAGCCUUUGAUGAGUAUCAGUUAUACUUUAAGUUUUUGUGGCAGCUUUAAAGGAACAAAUGUUAGAAUGUAUAUGAAUUACCCAGCCAAAACUGAGGCUUAUUUUCAAAAAAA